UGACUCCUUCAGUAACUCCGAGACGACUCUUUCAACAUCUCUCAUGGUUGUUCCUUAUAAUUGCCUCCUUGGAAUUAUUAAAAUCAAUUGUACCCUUCAAAGCUGGCUGAUUUGCAAAGAGCUACGACAUGUCUCUAGUCUCUGUACACGAUCCGGCCAUCGUUGUUGCAUCUUCUUCUUGUCAGCGGAGCUACGAUGUUUUCUUGAAUUUUAGGGGAAAAGACACCCGCAAUGGCUUCACUGCCCACCUCUAUGAAGCACUGCACAAUUAUGGAAUCAAGACUUUCAUGGACGCCGACGGAGUUGCCAAAGGCGAGAAAAUAUCGCCAGCACUUGUUACAGCAAUUGAAAAGUCCAUGUUUUCCAUUGUUGUUCUCUCUAAAAACUAUGCUUCUUCCACAUGGUGCUUGGAGGAGCUUGUGAAGAUCCUCGACUGCAAAAACACCAUGGGACAAACAGUUUUACCCAUCUUCUACCAGGUGGAUCCUUCUGAUGUACGACGACAGAAAGGGAGUUUCGCAAAAGCCUUUGCUAAACAUGAACAGAAGUUGAAGGAGAUGGUGAGAGUGCAGAUUUGGAAGGAGGCUCUCACUGAAGUUGCCAGUUUAUCCGGCUGGGAUUCCAGGCAUAGGCCUGAGUCCAUGCUUAUCAAGGAAAUCGUUGGACUUAUUUCGAAUAGCAUGAUUUGCAGAUCCUCAAAGGACACCGAGCUGGCCAUAAAUGGGAAAGAUGUUCUCACUAUAGGAAUCUGGGGCAUGGGGGGAAUAGGGAAGACGACCCUUGCCAGAGCUGUUUUUGAUCACUUCUCUGGCCAAUUUGAUGGUUGCUGUUUUCUUGAAAAUGUUAGAGAAGAUUCGGAAAAAUAUGGCUUACCUUAUUUGUAUAGGAAGCUUUUUUACCAGCUAUUAGGUGCGUCCAGUUCCAGCACAGGGUUCUCUUCUAUGAAAGCAAGGCUCCGCUCCAGAAGGGUUCUUAUUGUUUUGGAUGAUGUGGCUAAUUUAGAGCAGUUAGAAUUCUUAGCUGGAAAGAAUCCUCAGUUUGGUCCUGGAAGUAGAAUAAUUAUAACCACUAGAGGAAAACAUCUGUUAAUUACGUUUGGAGUGAAUGAAAUACGAGAAGCUGAGAAACUGAGUCUGAAAAAUGCUAUCAGGCUCUUUCAACAACAUCAUCACAAAGAAGUUUUCAUGAAGCUCUCCAGCCAUGUUAUAGAAUAUAUUAAUGUCGGUUCUUUGCUAUCCAGGAAGAGCAAACUUAAAUGGAGAAGUGAAUUAAUGGAUAAUGAGUCUCAGUCAGAGGAAAAUGAACAACUUUCCAGAUCCAUACAGGAAGACCUUAUUUAUACUUAUCCACCUCCUUUUGGAAAUGAAAGUAUCUAUCAAGCCAUUCCAUUCCCUGUUUUGACCGGGUUCAAGAUCUGUGCUGGUUGCGGUACCGAGAUUAUUCUGAGGCGAUAUCUGAAGUGCAUAGGCAAAGUUUGGCAUCCAGAAUGUUUUAGAUGCCAUGCUUGUAAGCACCCAAUCUCUGACUAUGAAUUCUUUCUCUCUGGAGAGUCACCUUAUCAUAAAUCUUGCUACAAGGAAAAGUGUCGCCAAAAAUGCGAUGUUUGUGGGCAUUUCUUUUGGGCAAACCCUGCUUGUCUUAUGGAAGAUAGGGAACAUCCUUUCUGGGUCCAGAAGUACUGUCCUUCUCAUAAGCAUGAUGGAACUCCUUCCUGCUUUAGCUGUGAGCGAAAGGAGCCAUGGGACACAAGAUAUACAACUCUUAAAGAUGGACGCAAGCUCUGCCUGGAGUGUCUGGUGAUAAAAUAUCUUCGUGCAAUGGACCAUGCAAUCAUGGACACUCAUGAAUACCAGCCCCUGUAUCUUAAUGUGCAAAGGUUCUGUGAAAGCUUAAAUAUCGUAGUGGGGCAGCAAGUUCCAUUACUCUUGGUUGAGAGACAGUCACCAAGUGAAUCCACAGGGAGAGAAAAGAGCAGUACUCUCGUAGACAUGAUCAAGGAGCCCUACAAAGGGGUACCUGGUUUCAAAUUAACCACAUUUCGCAUUUUACAUGGCCUUCCUAGGUUGCUGACUGGGGCAAUCCUAGCUCACCUGAUGAUGCGUGUAUGGCUGCAGCUUCAAGGCCGCCGAUCUCUUACUCAGCAUGCUGAAGGAGGUAUCUGUCAGGUGCUAGCUUACAUGUGGUUGAACACCGAGCUCAUGUCGAGAUAUGGCAGUGAUAUUGCAUCAACCUCAUCAUCCAUGACACUUCCAUCUCCAUCAAGACAGGGCACGAGAUCUAAGUUUGAGAGGAAGUUUGGCGAGUUCUUGAAAUACAUGAUUGAAUCGGAUACUUCAGUAUAUGGAGAUGGAUUCAGAGCUGGUUAUCGAUCAGUUCUUAGACAUGGACUUGGAAGAAUAGUGGACCAUAUAUUGAUGACAGGAAGAUUUCCAGAUACCCCUGAUCCUGAAUUUAGGUGAUUUUUUUUCCAUCAAGUUCCAAGCUUAGUCUUGUGGUAGUAAAAAGCAAGAAAGAAAACUCUGAUUUUUAUAAGUAAUGUCAUUUUAAUCAUGAGGUAAUUCCCAAUUUAUAUAUCCCACAUAUUGC